GGCGUUUGACGUACUCGUUCGUAAAUUCGCUGGCGGGAGGAAGACGAGGCAGUACGUACUAGCUAAAGUGUGAUUCGUUUAUUACAUUCAGAAUAGUUAUGUCUCGAAUACUCAACUGUAUUGUAGCUGUUUGUCCAGACAUGGGAAUAGGGAAAAAUGGAAAUCUGCCAUGGCAUCCAAUAAGACUAAGUAAUGAAUUCAAACACUUUCAGAAGAUGACCAUGACCCCUUCAGCUGAGGGUAAAAAGAAUGUGGUUGUGAUGGGCAGAAAGACAUGGUUCUCUAUUCCUGCAGCAAACAGGCCCCUAAAGAACAGGACCAACGUUGUUCUCAGCAGAGAGCUCAAGACAGUCCCAGAGGGAGCUCACUACCUUGCUUCAGACUUCAGUUCAGCUCUCCAUCUGUUAGACAGCAGUGAGCUCGACAAACAAGUGGACCAGGUUUGGAUAAUUGGGGGAAGCGCUCUCUACAAGGAGGUGAUGGAGAGCUCUGGCCCCAGGCGUCUUUUUGUGACACGGGUUCUCAAACAGUUUGACUGCGACACAUUUAUACCUGACAUUAAUAUGGACAAGUACAAGCUCCUGCCCGAAUUCCCAGGUGUACCCACGGGCUUGCAGGAGGAGAAUGGUGUUCAGUAUGUGUUUGAAGUGUAUGAGAGCACCAAAGACUAAGAAGAUCCUUUAAGCAUGAUGUUAAGGUCGGAGAAGUGGCCUGGCUGGUAUUGCGAGUGCUCUGACGUGUUGCGUGGUGCAGUUUUUAUGGGAGACCUGUUUUUAAAUCAGACUUCUGUAAUUGCCUGACCCCAUCACCCCUUUUUCUCCUUCUCAUUUAUGUUUGUCACAUUUCCUGUCAACUCUUCUUAGUAAUAAAAAUGAAACGCCCAAAAAUAUGUUGCGAUUCUAGGACAGUUGAAAAAUAUGAUUUUAUGAUAAAAUUUUGUGUGUGGCCUUUUGCAACUUUAUAUACAAAGUGGAAAGUAGAUAGAAAAUCAU